GCCACAGUCCCCACUCACCAUUUUCAUACGUGUCAUGUUUGUGAUUUUUGAACGCUAUUAUAUUUUUCUAUGACUACAGUUGGUAACAUUUCUAAGGUAUUAGUGCCGAGUUUACUUCUGGUAAACUCCAUAAUCAAAGGUCCUCCGGAUCGGGACGGAUAAGUUGCUAGUUUCAGAUGGAUAAAUUAAUUAAAUUGAGGUAUACUGUUUUUCGAAUCCUUAUUUUUUUUAAUUUGUCGUCUGAGUCCCAACGUGACCAUAAGGUUACGCCAUGGACAGCUGUAGUUGACAUCGUCAUCAAUAUCAUUUAAUGUGUUGUACUCUCCUUUCACGAGUGUACACGUCAUUUUAUUUUUUAUACUACUAGUUCUUCUUCCUAUGUUUUUAUUGGCCUUUUGUUCUAACCUCAUUACACACGGUUAGCAAACUGUUUCCACCUCGAUUUCCUUAAUUAGGCUUAUUUGUCACCUCUUUUGUUUACUCUACAGAUUGACAUGUUUAAUUGUAACCAAUUUGGAUGAUAUUAGUUUAAUAUCUUAUCACGUGACCGGCAUAUGUGUCACGUUAAUAGUAGUAUUUAGAGGCAGUCAGAGAGACUGUCGGGACUCUUUCUUUGGUACGGAUUUUCUUACUGUAUUACUCUUGAUACGUUUUGGAUCUCCUAUUUUAACCACUGGUUUUAUUUUUACCCCAUAGACCGCUUACUUUAAAUGAAUAGUCCAAUUUAUUAGGAUCAUUGAAAUUUAAACUAUCCACCAUUGAAAAUAGUUUUGAGAACAUCUCACAGUAGAAAAGAGGUAUCAUAUUCUGAGUGUGACAAAGUUAACCAAAUAUUGCCUUAUAACCGUCGGAUACAUGCCCUUUAACCCAUGUUGUAUUAUAAUAGUUAGAUUGACUUAGAAUCUGAAAAGCUCUAAAUAACAGUUGACUUCUAAUUAAAGUGGACAGUUCUGAUUCUCGAUCCAGUGACAAUAUUUUAAAAUCUUGAUGCUUAAAUUCUGAUUCUCGAGUCUUAAAAUUCUGACAAGCAAACUUAAUGGCUAUCUCCUAUUUACGACUUACGUGGGUGCCCGGUGUUACAUAUACGGCAUUUUAAAUACCUCCCUGAUGCUUUUAAAUUUAACUGUAACUUCAUAAUGGGGCUUAUAAGAUAUACCUACUUUGAUUAUAAAUUUGAAUCUUUAGAGCGUUUAAUGUUAAUCAAAGGUUGAUCGAAACUUUCCCAGAACCAAAGUGAAAGCAGCCCUACCCCAGAUGGUUUUUAUACGUCAUGCCUCAUUUUAAACGUUUAUUGAUGAGUAAGGUAGCAAGAUGUAUACGUUCUGAAUGGAGAGACUCUUUGAGCACCAUUUAGUAACCGAACCGAUACUAGAAAGUAGACCUCUAUAUAUUGGUGAUAAUGGGUUUUAAAAUCAUGCAGAUCAACCUCAAAUGAAGAAAUUGAUCAAGCUCCCUGCACCUUAGGUGCAUCAUAUGCCUUUGAUGUUGCAGGUAAAGUGAUGAUUCCGUAACGGUAAGACACCUUGAACCUCAGAUGAUGGAGCUACAAAGGAGCUCAAAGAGUCGCCCAUGUGGGGGGAGAUAGUAUAAAAGUGGGGACUAGGUCAGUAAGGUCAGUUGCCGACAUAUAGAGUCCCCAGAUAGAGUCCUGUUGUAGUGAUAGUCUCUGUUACCCCGCACUCUCUGCAACUCACCAUACUCAACAUGAACGGAAUGAAGCACUGUUUCCUUCUCAUAGGUCUGGUGUUGCUCCUGCACACUUCUUCCCAGAUGUCUACUUUCAAGGCCAGCAAGGCGAGCAAGUGUCCUGACACACCUAGACCAGUCAACAAAUCCAUCAAAGCGUGCUGGGACUACACGAAGAAGCUGGAGACGACAGUGAUAGAUAAGACGGACGUCAAGAGAGGCCUGUGUUUAGACGUUAACUCUGAACAUGAUAACCACCGUCUUGGAGUAGAAAUAAUGAGGACAUCGAAGAUUAUAUACUGUUUCGGAAUUGUGAAAGGCAACAAGUUCAACAAGGAGGAAUUCACAUACCCCAUCAACGGUAUCAUGCAGACCAAAUCAGAGAUCAUGGAGAAUCCUGACAUCUGUGUGCUGGAUGGUGACUACAAGGAUCCCUCGUGUAUGGAAGUGGAUUUCAGUGACUACAACGUGCUGUACAAGGCCAUUGUGGAGCAAUCUAGACUGCUGGAGGGCCUCUUCAUAGGCACACACGACGGUGAUCUUUAGAGUUUUCUUGGUCAAUUUUAAAACCUCUAUUUUGUAGAGGGGGUCUCUGGGAUUGUCAGUGGAUAUUUCUUUUCCCUAAUGACUGCUGACCAGUCCCGUUGAAGUUUAGUAUAGACAGGAAAAGUUGCCCCAUUAUUUGGGCUUCCAUACUCCUGAGUUUUACUGACAGUCCUGGUUUUAAGUUUGGUCGAUGACCCCAACUAUUUCAACAUAGUUUUUAAAGUUCGGACGAAUUGGAGAUGAGUGAUUUUUACAUGAUUAGGCAUUUUAAAUUCACAAUCGCAUUUUAAAUUCACAAUCGCAUGAUUUU